AUGGAGGCACCGAAACCAGCAGCGAAGAAACGCAAACUCACCGACAAGAAUCUCCCAAAUGCGCUCCUCGAAUCGCCAGAAUUUGCUGCAGACUCGCAGAUGUACCGCGACCUCCUCGAGAUGGAGCGUCGACUGGACUGGACCAUGACACGAAAGCGUGUUGAAGUUCAAGAUGCGCUCGCUCGAGUUAUUCAGACUACCCGGACAUUACGAAUAUUCCUAAGCCACACAGUGUCUGGCCAAGCUUGGCAACAGGAUGGUGCGGGCACAGGUGCGGCGGAUGGCGACUCGGGAAAGGCAAACCCGGAGACGGGCGAAGGGAUUCCUGCGUGGACAUUCCGUGUCGAAGGGAGGCUUAUCGAGCCACCAAACCAGCGAUCGAGAGACCGGACACCGUCGCGAAAGUUAUCGUCGCUUAUUAAAAGCAUUGUGGUGGAUCUGGACCGAGAUACAACGUUGUACCCCGAAGGGAACAUAGUUGAGUGGAUUCGUGGUCCAAGCCAGCCACAAUUAGACGGGUUCACGGUUAGACGAAGAGGAGAUACCCUGACCAAAAUUCGAGUAGUGAUCCAUCUCGAGCAACAACCGGAACGUUACAAAGUGCAGCCAGAACUUGGUAACAUACUGGGUUUGCAGGAGGAAACGCGGACAGGAGUUGUUCAAGCAUUAUGGAACUACAUCAAAAGUCAAGGUUUACAAGAUAAAGUAGACCGUCGCGCGAUUCGAGCGGAUUCAGCUCUUCGCCCAAUCUUCGGCGCCGAUUCUAUGUUGUUCCAACACCUACCAGAACUGGUCAAUCGAUUCUUGCAACCCGCAGAUCCAAUCAUUCUGCAUUACACUUUGAAUCCGGACAUUCCUCCACCCGAGAAGCCCAGCGCGUGGGAUGUGGAGAUAAAGUUGGAUGACACAUCGCUAAAGAGUCGUAUGAGCCACGUUGCCGUGCAGAUGACGGCAGAGUCAGCUCGGGACCUGGGAAAGCUCGACGAUGAAAUCGCAUUGCACGUUCAAUCGCUGCACAAUGCACAUCUGAAGCGGAAUUUCUUGCAUGCUUUCGCAGAGAAUCCGCGAGAAUUCAUUCAGCAUUGGCUGGCAUCGCAAUCGCGCGACCUUGAGAACGUGCUGGGAAGUGGACCAAGCGAGGGCGCUACUCUGCGCCAGGAAGACCUCCGGCGGAGCGAAUUCUUCAGACUUCCAUGGGUUGAAGAAGCCGUGGCCGUUCAAGAGGGGCUGCGCCUUGCGGCGAAGGCUGGUAUAUGA